AUGCCAAUGAUUGAACACUUUAAGAAUUUUAUUCGUCAUGGCAAACAAGCGAACCAGAAGUUAAUUACUCAGGACAGUUUAUUUGAGACUAACGCUCUUGACAACCACCGCAUUAAUCCAGAAGUCAAACUUAAAGUUGAUAAUGCUACUGUAGCACAAAUAGUGGCCGAGGAAAGGGAGCAGAAGAGUAAAAUCCCAACAUAUCCAGGCUUGGAACGUUAUCGUAUGUUAGAGAAAAUGGGAGAUGGAGCAUUCAGCAACGUCUACAAAGCAAUUGAUACAGAGACCAAAGAAAAAGUUGCCGUUAAGGUGGUGCGGAAGCGUGAACUCAAUUACUCACAGCGUUCCAAUAUUCUUAAGGAGGUUCAGAUAAUGCGUCACUUGAAGCAUCCUUCAAUCGUCUCCCUAAUAUCAUUUUCCGAGUCAUCGGAAUAUUAUUAUUUAAUCCUCGAGUUGAUGGAAGGUGGUCCCAACGAUGAGCCUAAAGAAGAUGAGGGUGAAUUCAUUCCUGGUGUGGGUGGUGGUGGUAUCGGCUACACAGCUCCUGAAAUCGUCAAGGAUGAACGUUAUAGCAAGAGCGUCGACAUGUGGGCUCUUGGUUGUGUCUUGUACACAAUGCUGUGCGGCUUCCCGCCGUUUUAUGAUGAAAGCAUUCAAGAACUAACCAAGAAGGUUGAGAAGGGGCAAUAUACUUUUUUGAGUCCGUGGUGGGAUGAUAUCUCUUUUUCAGUCAAGGAUUUGAUCAGGCACCUUCUCACCGUUGAUCCAGACCAGAGAUAUACAAUCAAGCAAUUCUUUGAGCACCCAUGGAUUAAUGAUAAACCAUUACAUGCCAAACCUCCGGUUGAUACUAAAGUCACUACUAGAUCAAUUGAUGUAAAUCAAUUGACCAGGGGAAUUGAAAGAUCAGUCAUGUUCGAAGAUAUAUUGGGAAGUCCCGGAGAAAACGGUCGUCGCAAAGAUAUGCUUUCUCCAGGCAUAUCUCUUAAGGAGAUAUUCGAUGUCGGUUACGCCGUUCAUCGUAUGGAAGAAGAGGGGGCAAGAAAAAGAAAAGUUAAAAUGGGUGGAGGAAAGUUUGGUGCCUUGAAUCCGUUCAAAAAUAAGAUUAUUCACCAAAUGAAUGACGACGAUGACCUAUCUGACGAUGAUGGUGAAUCAUCAUCGCAAGUUAGUUCGCGUGAAGUCGCUUCCGCUCCUAACGAGUCUCUGAAAAUAAAGGCCGGUACCAAAAGUAAUGAGAGAUCUCGACGUACGACUAUUGAGCUGAAUUUAGAUGGCGCGACCUUAUUGGGGAGACGUCGUAAGGUACCAGUAGGUGCCUGA